AGCAAAUUAAUUUUCUUGGGUUGUCCCAAUUUUUGAAUGUGGGCUCACCGAUUUUGACCCUUUUUCCUUUUUAAUUUAAUAAUAAAUCAACCGAUUUGGCAACUCAUCUAUAUCUUCUCCAUCUCAAUUCACAAAUCUUUUAUAGUACUUCGUUUCAAUCGCGGUUUGUUUAUGUGGAAUUGCGGAUUCCGUUUCUAGUAUUAGGGUUUUUGUUUAAUGGGUGUCGAGGGAGAGUCAACUCAAACGGGUGUCUCCACCGUUGACGGUGGCGAUGCAGAAAUCGCCCUCAACAUCCGAUGCUCUAACGGCAAUAAGUUCUCGGUGCGAGCGAGCCUCGGAUCAACCGUCGUCGAUUUCAAAGAUCUCUUGGCUCAAAACUGCGAUGUUCCUGCCAAUCAACAGAGGUUGAUUUAUAAAGGAAGAAUCCUCAAGGAUGAUCAAACCCUAGAUAGUUACGGCCUUCAGGCAGAUCAUACAAUUCACAUGGUGCGUGGUUCUGCUCCUGCUCCAGCUGAUGCUCCUCCUGCCAUUGGAAACCCUAAUACUCCAUCACUUGGUUCUCAAGGUGGUGUUCCCAACGAAGGGCUGGGCUUAGGCGGUCCUGGCUCAGGUGCACCCCUAUUUCCAGGCCUUGGUUUUGGUGGACUUGGUGGCUCUGGUGCACCCUUUGGGUCUGGACUACCUGAAUUUGAACAAGUCCAGCAACAAUUAACCCAAAACCCAAACAUGAUGAGAGACAUGAUGAACAUGCCAGCUGUUCAAAACAUCUUAAACAACCCUGAAAUCAUGCGUGGAAUGAUCAUGAGCAACCCUCAGAUGCGUGAAAUCAUUGACAGAAACCCUGAGCUUGCUCAUAUCCUCAACGACCCUGCAAUUUUAAGACAGACACUCGAAGCUGCAAGGAACCCUGAACUUAUGCGUGAGAUGAUGCGUAACACUGAUAGGGCCAUGAGUAACAUUGAAUCAUCUCCUGAAGGCUUCAACAUGCUUAGACCCUUACUUGGGAACCAGGGUCCUGCUGUUAAUGUUAACAACAACAACAACAACAACCCUGAAACAACUCCAGGCUCUGCAGCUCCUAAUUCUAACCCACUUCCUAACCCUUGGGGUGCCCCUUCUGGUGGUGUUCAGCCAACAAGGGCACCCAAUGUAUCUGGGUUAGGUGGUCUUGGAUUACCAGGGGCAGACAGGACAGGUGGCAUGCCGGACAUGAGCCAGCUGUUGCAGAAUCCAGCUGUUUCUCAGAUGAUGCAAAGCUUGCUUUCAAAUCCCCAGUAUAUGGAGCAGAUUGUGAGUCAAAACCCUCAACUUCGCAGUAUGUUCGAUUCUAACCCUCAGUUGAGGGAGAUGAUGCAGAAUCCAGAGGUGCUUCGUCAGUUAACUUCACCUCAAAUGAUGCAGCAAAUGAUGUCUUUACAGCAGCUUCUACCUCAGCUUAAUCAACCACAAUCAACUUUGAAUCCUACUCAGACUGGUGCUUCUCCAGGAUCACAAAACAAUAUGGGAUUAGACAUGUUGAUGAGUAUGUUUGGUGGGCUUGGAGCUGGUGGCAUGGGAGUCCCAAAUGUCCCUGAUGUGGCACCAGAGCAACUUUAUGCAACUCAGCUGUCUCAACUUCAGGAGAUGGGGUUCUUUGAUGUGCAAGAGAAUAUUAGGGCGUUACGUGCUACUUCGGGUAUUCUUUGUGGACAAAGAAAGGGAGGGAAGGAUGUUGGAUUUUGUGUUUUGAGGGGUGGGAGUGUGAAUAAUGAACAGACUAGAAAGAAUUAUUAUGGUUCAUUCCCAUUUUGUGGGAGCUUUUUACUCGAAUCCUUUGUAAAUUUACAAGUUGUUGGUUGA